AUGAAUAAUGUAUUAAGUAAAUAUAUAGAUAUUAAUAAAGGUAUAGAAUUAUAUGGAAUAUGUAAAGAUUUAAAAGAAAAUAUUAUUACUUCAAAGCAUAGUCCAGUUUGUUUAAUUAAUCCAGAUGUUGCAACAACCUUGGAAUUAGAUAAAUCCUCAAAAUUAAAUAUUUUAGAUUUAAGAUUUAUAGAUGAUAAUAAUAGAAAAUUUGCAGUAAUUGUUGGAAUUGAUGAAUAUUUAGAUAAUAAAACUAUAAUAUUACAUAGUGGUUUUAAAUUCUAUCAACCAAAAAAGUGUAUUAUAUAUAAAAUCAGUAUAUCUGGAGAUGAAUUAUUAAAUAUAGAUACAAAGUAUACAGAAAUAAUCCUUCGUGGACCAAUGAUAAUAACACCUAAUAUAGAAAUACAAGCUUGUAUUUUAUCUAUUCCUUCAUUAUUAUCAAUACUUACACGACAGUUAUAUAUUAUAUAUUUUUUACUUAAAUCAUCAAAUAAAAUAGGAAAUAUAAGUAUUGAAAUAGUAAGAGGUUAUUGGAUAACUUUUUAUUUAAAUGAUAUAAUAACUUUUUGGCAAAUAGAGGAUGUGAAGAAUAAGAUGAUAAGUAAUUUUCAAGACGAGUAUUAUAAUCUUAAUAAUAAUUGUAUAAUAAAUAAUCAGAUAAUAUCAAAUAAUAUAUAUGUUAAGGGAAUAAUUCCUUUUAUAGAUCUAUUAUCAUAUAAAUAUAAUUUGAAGAGUGAUAUAUUUUAUAUUGAUAAUAAUUUUGAAAAUCUAGAUAAGAUAAAUAAUGAAAUAUCUGAACCUUAUUCAUUAUAUAUUUUAAAUAAAAGAUCAGAAAUUGAUAAAGUGAUUUCUAUAUACAAUUUAAAAUGUGGAAUAAUUUAUUUAGAUAUAAUAUAUCUAGUAUCAACAUACACUCAAAUAUAUAAUAUUAAUAAAAAUUCUCUAAAAUUAAUUCAUGAUUAUAUUAUUGAGAUGAUAAAGAAUAUUAUAUCUAAAAUAUCACCUUUAGAAUUACCAAAUAAUAAAUUGAAUAUUUGUGUAUAUGGAUGGAACUUAUAUUUUGAUAAUAUAGAAGGUAUAAAAACUAUUUAUAACAUGCAAAAUUUUAACAUAAAGAUAAUUAUGAUUGAAUAUUGGCCAUUAAAUAAAAUAAAAUUAAGAAAAUAUGUUGAACUUAAUUUUAUAAAGUUAAUAAAAUUAUAUGAUCAAUAUAAUAUAUCAAUUUAUUUUAAAUUAUUCCCAGAUAAUGAUAAACAAAUAACUAAAUAUGGAUGGUCUUUAUCAAAUAUUAUUCCAGUGAAUUCAGAUAGUUCUAAUAUUCGUCAUUUUUUAAAUUGUUUAAUUUGUAUUAAAAAAAUAAAUAUUAAUUCAAAUAUAAAUAUUCAAGAAUAUCGAGAACUUAUUAAUUUUAUUAUAUCAUCAAAUUUUAAGGUACCUCAAAGAAAAUAUUCACACUUUUGGGAAAUAUUUGGUCUAAAUAAUUUAUUAAGUGAUUGUAAUUUUAAUAAUAAAAUAGAAAAUAUUUGUAUAAAUGAAAAUAAAAUAAGAAAUAAUAUGAAUAAUAUUGGAUAUGCAUCAUUACCUCGUAGAGUACGUUUAGCUAUUGAAGAAAUAAUGGAUUAUAUAACUAUAUUUAAUUAUUAUAAAAGAACAUUAAAAGAUAUAAAGUUUUCUAAAAUAAUAAAUGAAAAUGUAAAAUAUAAAAUUCCACUAUUUAAUUCUUAUAAUCCUAGGAUUUUACUUUUUACAUCAGAUGAUAAAAAUAUGUCUUAUCUAUUUCAAGUAAAAGAGUCUAUAAUUAAUAUUAUACAAAAUAAAUUCAAUGAUUAUGAGAUAAAGUGUAUUCAUAUAUUACAAUUAAUAAGUCCUUAUGUUGGAGAAUCUGAAGCUAAUAUAAGAAAUUUAUUCCAAAUUUCUAGAAAAAAGAAACAUAUAAUUAUAUUAGAGGGUAUAGAUUUAAUUGGUGCAAAAAUUAGUUAUUCAAAUUUACAUACUAAAUUAUUUAAUAAAAAUCAAUUAUCAGAUUGUAUAGAAGGCUCACAAAUACAAUUCAAUAAUAAUGACAAUGAUUUAUAUAGUAUUCAAUACAAUCAUUUACAAAAAAUGGAUUACAAUAAAAGUAAUAUUCAAUUAAAUACUUCAUAUUUAGAUAAUUUGAAGAUAAAUUUAUUAUCUAAAGCUAUGGUUAAUUUAAAUAUAUUAAGUGACUCAAUAAUUCCUAUUUCACUUACAAAUUCCCAAGAAAACUCCUUAAAUAAAAUUCAUAAUCGACAUACUUCAAUUCAUGAUAGAAAUCUAUUAGCUACUUUAUUACUAUGUCUAGAUAGUGUAGAGAAACAAGAAGAUUCAGAACUAAUUAUUAUUGCAACUUCGAGUUUAGAACCAAAGUUACUUGAAGAGAGUAUAACUAGAGCAGGAAGACUUGACAUCCAUAUACAAAUCUAA